AUGGCUGUGGACCUCUCAGCAGCGGAUUCAGAGCUUCGCUUCCAGAUGGAAGAAGCAGGGGUGUUUCCGGCAACACAGAAGAAGAUCUACGAUCGCAGCGUGACUUCGCUGCGGGUCUUCGGGGGCUUGGAAGAGUCCCGUGAGGAGGUCCGUGCAGUCUUCAAGUCCGACUUCGGUCUCGACCCUGUGGGCAACAUUGAGAUUCGCAAAGAAAUUUCCAAGUUGCUUUGCGUGUGGGAGAGUGCGCGGAUGCAGCUCAAAUGCCAGGAGCAAAAUCGCCAAGAUGCCAAGCUUGGUGUCCAACAACGGCUGGUGCAGAACACCGAGUGUGCAGCAAUGCGUGCAGCAGUUGAAACAUUGCACGGGCGUUCCUUGAAGGACCGUGAAGUCCCGAGCAAAUCCCUCAUUGCUGUCAAGCUGGAGCAGGUGGAAGAUGUAGUGCCAAUUGCCGAGGACUUGCAAGAAGUGACGUCGCUGGAAGACGUCGGCGGUUGGGGCUGGCGUGGGACUUUGUGCGGUCCCGUCACUCAACAAGAACCUGGCUGCCAAAGUCAUGCGUGGACACCUUCCGGUGUGAAGACUGCUGACCGUGGCGUGCCUACUUGGUCACAGGUGCUGACCUACGAGCUUGAGCUACGCAAAGCGGCUUACCGCUUUGUUCGUGACGGGCAAAGCGGAAGCGAGGAGGAGCCUGGCAUUCCUCCACCGCCGUCUCCCCAUCCAGCAGGCCGUGGCACCAAGGGUGCUGGAAAGGACAAGCAGUUGCGGCCCUGGGAGCGGCAGUGGGGCAAGGCAGCGCGAACCCCAGAAGGCAAGUGCGUCUGCUUCAAGUACAACAAGCGUGGUGGCUGCUCCGCUGGAAAGAACUGCCGAUUUGAGCAUGUGUGUCAGCGCUGCUAUCAUCGACACCCCUUCUAUGAGUGCCGCUACAAGCGUGAUGCCAAGUCGGACAAGUCCGAGCGCCUGGCCCAGGCAAUGUCUGCCACCAAGCAUGGCAGGGACUGCGACACCGUGAAGCGAGAGUGGCGCUGGGAGCGUACUGGUGAUGAGAGCGUGUGGGAAGAGCUCAGUCGCAGUGUUGAUGCCAUUGAAGUCAGCUCUGAUGAAGAUGAGGACGGCUUCACCAAACCGCAGCUGGGUGAUGGCCAGUGGGGCCAUGGCCCCCCAUUGGCUGCCAAGCUAUUCGGAAAGAAGCAGUCUUUCCGAGACGGCUUUGGCUUUAUGCUCUCCAGGGGCCAGCGAAGAUGCGCAGCAGAUACGCCGUCGCUGGGUUUUGCCGAAAGGCUUGGCGAAGAGCUCCUCAAGAUCCUGGCUCAGCGUGUCAAUCUUUCUGACUGGGCGUCGAAGCUAGCGCAGGGCAAGGUGUCAGCUAAUCCCUUCUGCGCGGAGCUCAUAGCGGAAGGUCGUGAGCUCCUCUUCAAGGCCCUAGAGUAUGCUGGAGCGACGCUGCCAGUGCGGGAAAGGCCCGAAGGUCCGGGUGUGCGCUUGCCGCGUGUUCCAGCAGUAUUUGAAAAGAAAGACAAGUGGCGAAGAUAUGACGAGACCACGUCAGGCGAGAAAGGAGUCGAGCGAGAGAACUACAUGUCAGCGAAGGAGCGUGCGCGCGAGGUCCAGAAGCAGUUUCAAGUGGAAGCGAGUCUCGGAGCUAUGGUCGAGAUGGAAGAGGGCGAGGCCCGACAGAACUUUGGGGAGAGACUUGCAGUUGCGUCCCUAGGGGCAAUUGAGAAAAAGGACGGCGCGUGUCGUGUAGUGCAUGAUGGUACGCGCGGAAUUGCAGUGAACUCCGCCGUUCGUGUGCGAGAUCAGCUGCGGUCGCCGAGUGCUGGCGAGCUACGUACAGUGCUGCAAGAGCUACCUGGGCAAUGCUUUGGGCUGACUGGUGAUGUGGUUGGCACUUUUGGUAUUUCCAGCGCUGCCUAUCACUGGAGCCGGUUAAUGUCUGGCCUUGGUCGAGCUGCCUUCUACCUGCUUGGGAGAACAGAGAUCUACAUGCUGAUUUACGUAGAUGACCUGCUGUGGUUGGUGCGAGUCAGUCAGAAAGGCAUUGAGAAGGUGCCACGUGCAAUUGCGCUGAUCUUCAAGUUCUUGGCAGAAGCACUGAGCGGGACUGGCCGUCUCGUAGCAGCGGGAAAGCCACAUGUCUCUGAAAGAGAACUUUUCCGCGCUGAUGCCAAGGCCGAGGGCAAUGACAUUUGGAUUGCAGGCUGGGCCUUGGACUCUGACGAUACCAAGCAAUGUAGAUGGUUCGCUGAGAAGCUAGACCACAUCAAUGCACCCUGGGUGUACUUGGCGGGCGAAGCUUAUCGUCAAAUCGCCUCAUUGGAACUGCUUGCAACUCUAGCCGCCGUUAUCCUCUUUGGAGUGCCGCCUGGGGAAGUGUGUGGUUUUCUGUGUUUGGCUGCAACCGACAACCGGGGCAACAGCAAUCUAGUGGCGCGGCUACUUACCACAAAGUUUCCUUUGUGCAUCCUCCUCAUGGAGCUUGCGAUGCAACCGCAAGUACGAGGCGCUGAUCUUCGGCUUCACUGGCUACCCCGCCUGCAGAACAAAGAAGCCGACUCGCUCACAACGGCGACUACAGCAGGUUUGGCAGUAGGCUCUGCUUGA